AACACCAAACACCACACCAUCUCCACCAUGACUACCGAGCAGACCUUCAUCGCUGUCAAGCCUGAUGGCGUCCAGCGUGGCCUCAUCGGUCCCAUCAUCACCCGCUUCGAGAACCGCGGCUUCAAGCUUGCCGGUAUCAAGAUGGUUCAGCCGUCCAAGGAGCACCUCGAGAAGCACUACGAGGACCUCAAGGAGAAGCCCUUCUUCCCCGGUCUGAUUGCCUACAUGAGCUCCGGCCCCAUCUGCGCCAUGGUCUGGGAGGGCCGUGAUGCCGUCAAGACCGGCCGCUCCAUCCUUGGUGCCACCAACCCCCUUGCCUCUGCUCCCGGCACCAUCCGUGGUGACUACGCCCUCGAUGUCGGCCGCAACGUCUGCCACGGCUCCGACUCUGUCGAGAACGGCAAGAAGGAGAUCUCCCUCUGGUUCAAGGAGGGUGAGGUCCAGAGCUGGAAGAGUGCUCAGCACGACUGGGUCUACGAGAAGUAAAUGCCUUGACAACUAAGCUGUGAGGACACUGGGCAACUUUGUAACUAGAAAGACGUAGCGAAGAGUUAGUUCGUGUCUUGCGGCCUCAAUACCGCAAAGAGUGCGAGCUGGCCUAGUAGUUGCGGUUUCUCAGCGAAAGGAUGCUCUAAGCUCUUCAUAGGAUAGACGUGGGGCUAUGAGAUAUGACCGCAUGAUAAAAAGGAUACAAGUAGAAGCCAAUGAGACACAUGAAUGAUCUCG